GUCUUGCUCUACACCGCUACCACAAACAACAAUCCCUCAGGCACGCAAUUGCAUCCGUAUCCCCUACGACCACGUAUCACGACUCACGAAACCGACAUACAUACGAUCAACGUCUCUAACAUGUCCGCUCAACCUGAGAACAACCAGCAGAUGGAGGGCGUCCAGAACCCCGCCGACGUCAAGGGCAAGGGCAAAGCUCAGGAGGGCGAGACAAUUGAAGAAUCCAUGGAUGAUGACUCCAGCGACGAGUCCGGUGUUGAGGACCAGGCUGGCGAACCUGAGGAGCCCGAUGAGGACAACAUGGAGGAGAUUGAGACGGACAACAUUGUACCCGGCCGCACACGCGGCAAGACCAUCGACUUCAAGAAGGCCAACGAGGAGCUCGGCGACGAUGACGACGACGACGACGAUGAGGACUUUGUCGAUCCCGAUGACCAGAUGAAGGAGUAAAAAGUUGGGCAAAACACAAACCUCUUCGUCUUUGGACUUGUUCGGCGCGACUACAAACUUUCGGAAUCGUUCUUCUGGCGGGGUUAUAAGAUAUACAAAAGGCAUUGGGUUUAGCGGGGAAAGGGCUCUCAACAUUGGAGUCUGGGGCGCGCUUUGCUCGACGGCUGGAUGAGGGGUGUCUGUGUAUGUGGCGAGACCAUUUACUUUGCGCGCGAUGAGCGUGACAGGGACUCUGGAUUGGAUAACUCGCGUGGACGUAUAUGAUGAAUAAACAACAAUGAGCA